AGUUUUUUUUUAUUUUAACUUCUGUGAGAUAAUGAUAUCAGUCUCCAUGAAAAAUCAUUGCACUUACACGCGAUUUUUCGUAAAGAUGCAAAAUUAUUGAUUAUAUUGUGGCGGUUUAUGUUGUGUUAGGUCAUUAUCUUCUCGAUUGUCUGUAUAUGGUUUACCCCUCUCACUAUCUUACAGAGUGAAAAAUAAUUAAUUGCAGAGACGAUAAUCGAUGUUGACAUUGAAGGGGUUGUUAUCACUCUAUUAUAGGCUGACAUAGAAAAUUGUUGAGACACAUUUCUCUGUGAGAUUUUCCUAGGUGGUAUAUUGAGAAAAGUCCAAGAUGGUAAAUAUUUAAUUAAGUAGCAUUAUCUCAGGGUAAAUAGUCACAAUCAACAUUAGAGGGACUUAAAUGUGACAAGACAAUGAGUGCGAAAGGCGGCCAAUGCAUACAAUUGUACCACCAAAAAUUCUUAGUCUUGUGGAGUCUGUGUCUGCGGUUGGAAGUGACUGUGAAUGCAAAGAAAUGGUCCAGGAAAUUCCUGAAGACACCGUGGGCAAUGGGACUGCCCGAAGUGUCCCAGAAAGUCAGCCGGAAGAAGAGCAUAAGAUGCUACUAUCAGCAGAAGAUAAACCAAAGAUCCAGCAAAUGGACUUGGAGAUUGGAACAAAUGAUAUUCCGGUGACGGAUGAAACGAGGUGUGGUUAUGGAUUUUGUACUGGAUCAUUUCUUCAGAAAUUCGCAAACAAGAAGAUUUAUGUGCUGUUAUUCGGCGUAUCAGGAGCUUUCUUCAACAGUAGCUUUGCAUAUUUCAAUGGCACAAUCUCAACAAUUGAGAAGCGCUUUAAGAUACCUAGCCGAAAUUCUGGAUUUAUUUCCGUGGGCAAUGACAUUAGCCUUAUGUUGGUAUCCAUCUGGAUCACAUACUAUGCUGGAAAAGGUCACAAGCCACGAUGGAUGGCAGCUGGACUGUUCAUGCUAUCGGCUUUUUGUCUCCUAACUGCACUACCUCACUUCAUUUAUGGUGGAGGUAGUGUAGAAACAUUUACCGUAGAACAUGGUUUUAAUCCAGAUGAGGAUGAACUUAAGAUAAUGAUGGAGCAAGAGAAGAACAAGACCCUCUGCAAUUCCAAUCUUCGCGAAGCGGUCAAGUGCGAAUUGGAUGAAGGGAAUUGGGGUCCUCAGAUUAUCUUCUUCGGUGCUCAGGUGAUAGCUGGUGUUGGUGCAGCACUCUAUUCCUCCCUUGGUACAGCCUACAUGGAUGAUAACGUUAAGAAGUCAAAGACUCCAGCUCUUAUGAGUUUAUCGUUCUUCAUCCGAAUGCUUGGUCCGGCUUUUGGUUACGCACUGGCAUCCUUCUCCGUUAACAUGUUUGUUUCUCCUACUCUUACACCAACCAUUACAAAGAGUGAUCCACGUUGGAUUGGUUCUUGGUGGUUCGGAUGGUUCUUACUUGGUGUUGUACUAUUCUUCUUCGCCUCUCUCAUCUCACUAUUCCCACGGCAACUACCACGAGCAGCUGAAAGACGAAGAUUAGCUGCUCUGAAGCGCAAGGAAGAUAAGAAUCCAGACAGUGCAGACACUGAUGAGGAAAAUCUUCCAGCAAGUUUUGAUGACAUGAUGAAAACUCUUAAGCGACUCUUUAGCAACAAAACUUUCAUGUUCAACAAUUGCGCCAGUAUCUUCUAUUUCUUUGGCUUUACACCAUACUGGAUAUUUACGCCAAAAUAUAUGGAGUCUCAGUAUCAGCAGACUGCAUCGGAUUCAAACUUGUACACGGGAACUGUGGCAUUUGCCUUCACCGCGAUCGGGAUACUGACAUCGGGCUUCGUGGUGUCACGGUACAAGCCAAGUGCCAGGAAGAUGGCAGCAUGGAAUUGCAUUGUGGGUGCCAUCACCACCCUUGGCUACUUGAGCUAUACCCAAAUUGGCUGUGCAGCAAAUGACAAUGCUGUGGUGAUGAAUGAGAAUCCUCUCGAUGGCAUCCUCACGUCCUGCAACUCCAAUUGCCAUUGCGACUACGUAAAGUAUGCACCAGUGUGCGGGGAAGAUGGGCACACGUACAUUUCCGCAUGUCAUGCCGGCUGUACGGAUCAAAUUGACACCGGGGUCAACUCCACUGCCAAGCUUUUCACCAACUGCAGCUGCAUCUCGACAUCUACUUCUGUGACACCCCACUGGAUGAAUUCCUCAAUUGAGGGGGGUUCUGGAGGAACUGCAACACCAGGAGCGUGUCCUGUGGACUGCAAGAGAGAAUUUCAUAUGUUCCUCAUUGUUAUGUGUAUCCUAAAAUUGCUUGGGUCCACAGGCAUGGCAACCAAUUUCCUCAUAAACAUUCGAUGCAUUGAUGAAAAGGAUAAAACCAUAUCCAUGGGGAUUUCUUUUACAAUCACCAGUCUCUUCUCAUUCAUACCAAGUCCUAUUAUCUUUGGCAUGAUUAUGGAUAGCACAUGUGUCCUCUGGGGCAAGACAUGUUCUGGCACUGGCAAUUGUUGGCGGUAUGAUGGACCUUCAUUAAGGUACUUUUUGAAUUCCGUGACAAGCUUGAGCAUAGGAAUAGCCGUAAUAUUUGAUAUUAUUGUCUGGUACUAUGUUAAGGAUCUCGUGGUAUUUGAUGAGAAAGAAGAAAUUACCGAAUUGACAGGCGAUGAGCAGAAUGGUGAGAAAGAGAAAUCAAUGUCUUGAAAAAUAACAUUGUGUCAUGGGACGAGAAAUAAAAUUUCAAUACAGAAA